AGAAUGGAUUCUACGAAAACCAACAUGCUUGGAGUUUAAGCCAUAAACGCCCACUCUAGAAAGCUUCAAUGGCGGACAAACCCCAACCGGUGCGGCUACUGUACUGCGCCGUAUGUUCUCUUCCCGCAGAAUACUGUGAGUUUGGCCCUGAUUUCGAAAAGUGCAAGCCUUGGCUCAUCAAGAACGCCCCCGAAAUCUACCCGAAUCUACUUCAAGAGGCUAAUGAAAAAGAGGCUGAAAAGGUUUCUGAACGGCUCCAAUCAGUUGGAAUCUCUGCAGGGGGUGCUGAUGAAGCAGCUCAGCCUUCUCAGCCAGGGGAAACCUCAUCAUCUAAGAAAGAGGAAGUGAAGCGUCUUCCUGGUGGAAAAAUAAAGAAAAAAGAGAAACUAGAAGUUGUUAUUGAAAAGGUCGUACGCAACAGGCGUAAAUGCAUUACUGUUGUGAAGGGCUUGGAAUUAUUCGGUAUCAAACUUACCGAUGCUUCAAAAAAGCUUGGGAAAAAGUUUGCUACUGGAGCAUCAGUUGUUAAGGGGCCAACUGAGAAGGAUCAAAUUGAUGUUCAAGGGGACAUAGCCUAUGAUGUUGUGGAAUUUAUAACUGAGACCUGGCCUGAAGUACCGGAAACUGCCAUUUACUUCAUUGAAGACAGGAAAAAGGUUCCAGCAGGGUGAUGCCUUGUUUUCCGAAUGGAAUUGAUGCUGGUGUGUAAACUUACUACGGGUUUUUGAUGAACCAGUUCCGAUUUGACAGAAUGGAGCAUCCAGUUCUGCUCUGCUUUUUGGCCGAUAAUCCAUAAAUCUGCUAUGUCUUUGGGGCAAAGAAGGGUGCUGUAAAUUUUAUAACCUACUCUUUGAGCAUCUUCCUUUGCCGUAACGCUCAUUGUCUUUUACCAUAAUAUAGAGAGACCCCGGCCUAUAAACUUCUACACAACAGAUGGUGAUGUUACCAUAUUUUGGUUUGCCAAAGUUGGCAAAUGUAUGUUUCAAACAAAUUACUCUGGCCUUGUAGUUUUAAGAAAGUUCAGCUC